GCCACAGCGUGAGGGGCACCUGCUCGUCUGGGCUCACAGCGGAGGAAGCCUCGCCGGGAGCUGCAGCUGCUGCCGCCCUUGGUGCUGCCGCUCGCAGGCGCCGGGCUCCCCGCCGCCGCCGCCGCCGCCGCCGCCUGGUCUGCUGGAGUUGGGCUCCGUGGGGCUUCCCCUCUCGCAGCCUCGGUCCUUCCCGGCUGCCUGCAAGUCAGCCUGGCUGCGAGUCACGUGUCAGUGCCUGAGGCAGAGACUGAGAGAAAAAAACGCGCUUCAUUCCUUCUUCCACCGCCAUACUGUAUUUUAUCCUAAAUCUCAUUUUUAUUCCAACAUUUUACUCCCUCUCGGACUAAAACAAGGUGAGCCAACCAUGACUGGCAAAACACAGACCAGCAAUGUCACCAAUAAGAAUGACCCCAAGUCCAUCAACUCGCGUGUUUUCAUUGGCAAUCUAAAUACAGCCAUUGUCAAGAAAGUUGACAUUGAAGCCAUUUUCUCAAAGUAUGGAAAAAUAGUUGGCUGCUCAGUUCACAAAGGUUAUGCAUUUGUACAGUACAUGAGUGAGCGGCACGCAAGAGCUGCAGUGGCUGGAGAAAAUGCCAGGAUCAUCGCAGGCCAACCACUUGAUAUCAACAUGGCAGGAGAACCCAAACCAUACAGACCAAAACCUGGAAAUAAGAGGCCCCUUUCUGCACUUUAUAGACUUGAGUCAAAGGAGCCUUUCCUGUCUGUUGGUGGUUAUGUCUUUGACUAUGAUUACUACAGAGAUGAUUUCUACAAUAGGUUAUUUGAUUACCAUGGGCGUGUGCCUCCACCUCCCCGUGCAGUAAUUCCGCUGAAGCGUCCCAGAGUGGCUGUAACAACUCGCAGGGGGAAAGGAGCCUUUUCCAUGAAAGGGGGAUCAAAAUCUACUGCCAGUGGAUCUUCUUCAUCAGGCUCUAAACUGAAAUCAGAUGAAUUACAGACAAUCAAGAAAGAAUUAACCCAGAUCAAAACUAAAAUUGACUCCUUGUUAGGGCGCCUGGAGAAGAUUGAGAAGCAGCAGAAGGCGGAGGCAGAAGCUCAGAAGAAGAAAUUGGAAGAGAGUAUAGAGCUGAUCCAAGAUGAAUGUGUGUCAGAGAAUGCAGAUCACUCUACAGAGGAGCCUGCUGAAGGAGGGCCAGAUGCCGAUGGAGAAGAGAUGACUGAUGGGAUAGAGGAGGACUUCGAUGAAGAUGGGGGUCAUGAGCUGUUUCUACAGAUAAAGUGAUCUGAAGUAAUGAAUGAUGUCAUAAAAGCAGAAAAGAAACUGUGACAACACCCAGAAAUAUGAAAGGAGGCUUCUUACUGCAUAAUAGUAUCUUUGGUUCAAUUUAUAAAAACCCAAAUAAAAUGGACAGUAUUGUUCAAUUUUAGAAAUUCCA